AUGACUGGUGGCCUUAUUUUGAAGAAAUACACGGAAAUGAUUCAGUUCAAAAGUCAUUUUAGAGUGUCGCGAGAAACUUGCAAUUAUUUGAUAUCUUUAUUCAAACAGAGCGAACAUUAUCCCAAAGGACCACCUUUCGGUGGUGUGAGAGUAAAGACUGCUGAAGAGUUUAUUCUAUGUUAUUUAUGGUUUGCAGAUCAAUUGGGUCCACUGGUUAUCAGAUUUCCUCGUACCUUGCAGGAGAAACAAGACAUUUGUGAGGAAUUUGAGGAGAUUUCAGGAUAUCCAGGAGUAUGCGGAUGCAUUGAUGGUACGUUUAUAAACAUCCGUACAUCCGCACAUAAAAUUAAGUCGACCUACGUUAAUCGUCACGAUACAACGGCAUUGACUUUGCAAGGAAUAUGCGAUGCGAAGAAGAAGUUCCUUGAUGUAUUUACCGGAAUACGAGGAAAAAUUCAUGACGCGAGAGUAUUUACUUUGUCAUUUAUUCGCUCUACCGUGCUAUCAAUGGGACCAGAUUUUCAUAUACUCGGAGAUUCUGCUUAUCCGAUAUGUGAAAAUCUGAUGACACCGAUCCGGGAUUAUGGAAAUUUAACAGAUGAACAAAGAGAAUAUAACAGGCGGUUCUGUUCAACAAGAGUUUUAAUCGAAAACGCUUUCGGGCUUUUAAAGCAAAGAUUCAGGCAACUAAUAAGAACAGAUAUAUGGGGUGUUUUAAAGACAUCGAAAUGCAUAAUUUAUGUAUCGAAAGAAACGACUUCUUGGAUGGAAUUGAAUAUUACAUGGCAGAACCAGAGCCUUAAGCAGAGUUGAUUAUAAACGAUGAAGCUCGGCGUUUAGGUGUAUUGAAACGCAAUUUGCUGGCCAGGCAAUUCAUGUAAAUUCAUGUAAACACUGCCAUUUGUAACGUAAAUCAUUUGUCAAUUUAUAAGAUUUGUAAAAAAUAAUUUUUGUAAUGUCUGAUAUGCUGCAUAAAAUAUUCACCUACCAAAAAUGUUGAGGUCUAGAUCAUUAAAGAUAAAAAAUUAUCAAAAUUGAAACUAUCAAUUUCGUUAUAAA